AUGGCCAACGCAUUAGCAACACUUUCAUCUAUGUUUAAAGUAACCUGGCCGAAUCAUGAACCACGAAUAACAGUUAGGCACUUUGAAGAGCCUGCCUAUUGUCUUGUUGUCGAAGAACGGCUUGACCAAAAACUGUGGUUUCAUAAUAUCAAAAGGGAUCCUCAACUAGUGAAGAAGAUUGGUGAUGCGACUGCUCUUGAAGCCAGAGCAACCGGAGUUUCAUAUCUCUUUGCUCCUAGCAUUGCGGUUUGUAGAGAUCCAAGAUGGGGCAGAUGUUAUGAAAGUUAUAGCGAAGAUCAUAAAAUUGUUCAAGCUAUGACCGAGAUCAUUCCAGGAUUGCAGGGUGAUCUCCCUCCAAAUUCACACAAGGGUGUUCCAUAUGUUGCUGGAUACAAGAAAGUAGCAGCUUGUGCAAAACACUUUGUUGGUGAUGGUGGAACAACAAAAGGAAUCAAUGAGAAUAAUACAGUUACAACCAGACAUGAAUUACUUAGCAUUCACAUGCCAGCUUACUAUAACUCAAUUAUUAAGGGUGUCUCAAUCAUCAUGGGUUUUGUGAUAUCAGAUUUUUUUGGACUUGACAAGAUAACUUCACCUCCUCAUGCUAACUAUACAUAUUCAAUUGAAGUCGGAAUCAAUGCUAGUGUUGACAUGGAUUGGAUAAUCUCAAGGACACCAACGGCAAGGAUCAGAGAGACACCAUAUGCAGAAACAAAUGGUGAUGGCCUAAACUUAACGAUAUCCGGUAAUGGAGCAGAAACAAUAAAAAAUGUAUGUGGUGGAGUGAAUUGUGUGGUUGUGUUAAUCACUGGUAGACCUGUGGCUAUGUUACCAUAUGUUGACAUAAUUGGAGGACUUGUUACGGCAUGGCUUCCUGGUAGUGAAGGUGUGUUAUUGAUGUUUUGUUCGGUGAUUAUGGAUUUAGCGGUAAGCUUCCAAGGACAUGGUUUAAGAGUGUUGAUCAGUUACCUAUGA